CAUAGUGCUUUAUUCACAUUUGACUGGUUUGAACUCAGACCGCUGAGAGACAGUGGGAGCAAAAAUGUCGAUCACAGUAGAAGAGAUAAAGAACAAACUUCAGGAUUCAAGGGAUGUCCUUGUUUUCUUCGUUAAUGGCAAAAAGAUCACCGAGAAAAAUGCAGAUCCUGAAAUGACGCUCCUGACAUAUCUAAGGAGAAACUUGGGUCUGACAGGAACCAAACUGGGAUGUGCAGAAGGAGGUUGUGGAGCAUGUACAGUGAUGGUGUCCAAAUAUCAUUCGCAUCAAAACCAGAUUAUUCAUCAUGCGGUCAAUGCCUGCCUUGCUCCUCUAUGCUCUUUACAUCACUGUGCAGUAACUACAGUCGAGGGCAUUGGUAGCGUGGCCAGCAAAGUCCAUCCUGUACAGGAGCGAAUUGCUAAGGCUCAUGGGUCACAGUGUGGGUUCUGCACUCCAGGAAUUGUCAUGUCUAUGUAUGCCCUGUUAAGAAACAACCCUCAGCCCACCAUGCAUGACAUACAGGAGGCCUUUCAAGGCAAUUUAUGUCGGUGUACAGGAUACAGACCCAUUCUGGAAGGCUACAGGACAUUCACAAAGAAUGGGGGAUGUUGUGGUGGGAAAGGACAAACUAAUGGUUGCUGUAUGACCAACAGACACACAGAAGAGCAUGUCAAUAGAAAUUUAACGCUUUCAGCUCAGAAGUUGUAUGACCCAUCAGAGUUUAUGCCACUAGACCCAACACAAGAGAUCAUUUUUCCUCCUGAACUCAUGAGCCUGACUAAACAGCCACAGGGAGAGUUGAGGUUUAUUGGCGAACGAGUGCUGUGGAUUCAACCUAGCUCCCUCAAAGAACUCCUGGAACUGAAGGCGACCUAUCCGAAUGCUAAACUAGUAGUUGGGAACACAGAAGUUGGUAUUGAGAUGAAGUUCAAGAACCUUCUUUAUCCUGUGAUUCUCGCCCCAGCCUACAUCCCAGAACUGAACAAAAUUCAGCACACCCAAGAAGGUAUCGAGGUUGGUGCAUCAGUGACAUUGACUGUGCUCGGAGAUGUGUUACGUAAAGUGGUAAAUGAGCUGCCUGCUCAUCAGACUAAGGUCUUUCAGGCUGUCCUGGAGCAGCUGCACUGGUUCGCAGGACAGCAGAUCCGAAAUGUCGCGGCUGUUGGUGGCAAUAUUAUGACAGCGAGUCCCAUUUCAGACCUCAACCCUGUGUUCAUGGCAGCAGGCUGCAAGCUUGCUGUGAUGUCCAAAGGGGGGAAACGUGUCCUUGAGAUGGAUGACAAGUUCUUCCCUAGUUAUAGGAAGACCGUUUUAAAGCCAUACGAGAUUCUGUUGUCCAUUGAGAUUCCAUACACAAGAAAGGACCAGUACUUCUCAGCUUUCAAGCAGUCCCUGCGUAAAGAAGACGACAUCUCUAUUGUCACCUGUGGAAUGAACGUGUGCUUCCAGGAGCGGUCCAACAUUGUGCAGAACAUCCGGAUAAGCUAUGGAGGAAUGGCCCCUGUUACUGUCCUUGCCACUGCUACAUGCAAAAGGUUGCUCAACAGCAACAUCACAUACUGUUUAUCAGCAAUAUAUCAGGACAUCCAAGGAAGUAACAUGACAGGACCUAUCUCCUCUGACGAGACAGUCUUUGCAGAUGAUAAGGUCACAUGUGUGGGACACAUAGUGGGGGCCAUUGUGGCAGACACACAGGCCCAUGCUCAGAGAGCAGUCAAGGCUGUAAAGAUAAGCUAUGAGGAGCUGCAGCCUGUGAUUGUCACCAUACAGGAUGCUAUUACCAAUAAUUCCUUCUAUGAGCCAGUGAGAAAGAUAGAAAGAGCAUGAAAGAAACAGAACAUUUCUACAAACAUUCCUAAUGAAAAUUCCUUCCUAGGUGAUAUGCACAUUGGAGGACAGGAGCACUUUUAUUUGGAGACUAAUUGCACCCUGGCUGUCCCUCGCGGAGAAGAUGGAGAAAUGGAGAUGUUUGUGUCCACACAGUCGGCCUCCAAGACUCAGGCCCUUGUGGCUAAAGCCCUGGGAGUGCCAGCUAACCGUGUGGUAUGUCGGGUAAAGAGAAUGGGAGGAGGAUUUGGUGGAAAAGAGAGUCGGAGCACCAUCCUGUGCACAGCUGUAGCUGUUGCCGCACAGAAGGUCAAACGGCCAGUGCGCUGCAUGCUGGAUCGCGAUGAGGACAUGCUGCUCACAGGUGGUCGGCAUCCAUUCUUUGGACGAUAUAAGGUUGGAUACAUGAACAAUGGAAAAGUGCUGGCACUUGAUGUGACUUUCUAUAGCAAUGCUGGCAAUUCUAUGGACCUGUCAUUGUCAAUCAUGGAGAGGGCACUGUUCCACAUGGAGAACUCCUACAACAUCCCUAACAUUCGUGGCACAGGCUACAUGUGUAAAACCAACUUACCAUCUAACUCAGCAUUUAGAGGGUUUGGUGGGCCACAGGGCAUGAUGAUUGCAGAGACCUGGAUGAGCGAUGUGGCUAUGAGCUGUGGUCUACCUGCUGAAGAGGUGAGGAGGUUGAAUCUGUACAAGCAGGGAGACCUCACACCAUUUAAUCAGUGUCUGGAUCAGUUCACCAUUGACCGCUGCUGGGAGGAGUGCAUGCAGAUCUCAGACUUCAGCAAACGCAAGUCUGCCGUGGAACAGUACAACAAACAGCAUCGUUGGACCAAGAGAGGGCUCUCUAUCAUUCCCACAAAGUUUGGCAUCAGCUUUACUGCUGUCUUCCUCAACCAGGCAGGAGCAUUGGUACAUGUGUACACAGAUGGUUCGGUUCUACUUACUCAUGGUGGAACAGAGAUGGGGCAAGGCCUGCACACUAAAAUGGUCCAGGUGGCCAGUAAAACACUUGGAAUCUCCAGCACAAAGAUUCAUAUCACAGAAACCAGCACUAACACAGUUCCCAACACCAGCCCUACAGCUGCCUCUGCCUCUUCAGACCUCAACGGAAUGGCUGUUUAUAAUGCUUGCAAGAUGUUGCUUCAGAGACUUCAGCCAUACAUAGACAAGAACCCUAAAGGGUGUUGGGAGGACUGGGUGAAAGCAUCCUACUUUGACCGAGUAAACUUGUCUGCCAAUGGAUUUUACAAGACUCCAGAUCUUGGCUAUAAUUUUGACACAAAUUCAGGAAGGGCAUUUAACUACUUCAGUUAUGGAGUGGCAGUCUCAGAGGUGGAGAUAGACUGUCUGACUGGAAGUCAUAAGAACCUUCAUACCUCCAUUGUCAUGGAUGUGGGCAAGAGUUUAAAUCCAGCAAUAGACAUUGGACAGGUGGAGGGUGGAUUCAUGCAGGGUUUGGGUCUGUUCACUCUGGAGGAACUCCGCUACUCUCCUGAUGGUCACCUGUACACUCGUGGUCCAGGCAUGUACAAGAUUCCUGCUUUUGGUGACAUCCCCACUGAAUUAAAUGUCUCACUGCUGAGAGACGCUCCCAACAAGAAGGCCAUCUUCUCCUCAAAGGCUGUGGGAGAACCUCCUCUCUUUUUGGCAGCCUCAGUCUUCUACGCCAUUAAAGAUGCCAUCACAGCUGCCAGGGCUGAGUCCGGCCUCACUGGACCUUUCAGACUGGACAGCCCCGCCACACCUGAACGGAUACGAAAUGCAUGUGAAGACAAAUUUACUAAACUGUGUCCUCCUGCGGAGCCUGGCACAUUUACUCCAUGGGCUGUGCAGGUGUAAGACACAGCAAGCUCAAUUUCAAGAACCUCAGCAUUGCUGUGUUUGAAUGCACAACACAACGGUAUCACAGGGAACACGUGCACUGAUUCAUAUUAAUUACCAAAGAAGAAGAAUGACUGAGGAUUUUGUCCUGAGUAGACAACAGAGUGAAAGCAAAAGCUUUGUGCUUUUGUAACCUGUAUUAAUGUGUUUGAGUUGCUCUCGGUGAAACAUGCAUUAUAUGAACAUUUCACAAGGAGUAAAUACUGAUGUUAUAUUAUGUAGACUUUCAGUUUAACAGUGGUAAUUGAAUAAGUCCUUCAUUAUAAAGUAUGAAAAUAAUAUUUAUAAGUCAAGUUUUAUAAGUCAUCUUAGCCCACAGCGCUUGCCAUAUUAAUUUUAAUACUCAUGAUUAGAUUACUUCUGUGCAUAUUUAUACAUAGUCAUUAUAAUUUAUAUGGAUCAAAAGAAUUAUUGUUGAUUAAUGGUUUUUAAUCAUUUAAAUAUUCAAAAUGCCAUAUGUAUCAUUUCAAAACACCACACAGUAUUAAAUAAACGUCUGUAGCCAUUAGAUUCACUGACUACAUCUAUCAAUGUUGGGUAUGUUUGUCAUUUUGAAAUUAGAUGUAUUAACUUUAUCCUGAUUGCUCCAACAGAAUUCAUAUUACCCUAAUAUGACCAAAAUUAUUUAUAUUAUUUCUGACAAUUAUAGUUCUUAUCAAGGUAGAUACCCAUGAUGUUUAUUCUGACAAUAGUUUUGGUCUAUGGAAACUACUAAGAUUAUAAACUAUCAAACUUUCCCCUAUGAGUGACAAUGUGUUCAGAAAAAUCUUGAUUGAUUCUAGACAUUAUGUAUUUCUUGGCCCCAUUCCAAUCACUGCUACCUAACUGUAGAGGUUAAUGAUAGCAGAGAGCCUGAUAUAAUGACUUCUGUCUGUAAGCAUAAAGUUUAUAACAUGUAAAAAAUUCUAGCAUAACAAAAAAUAUGGAGGUUGCUCUCCUCAUUUAGUUAGUUAUAGAACAAUGGUCAGUACAUUUAGCAAGUGAACAAGAAAGGCCCUGUAUUUCAUGUGUUCAUGUAUUUCAAUGUAUUUCAUGAUUUAUACAGACUUAAUGUGUAAAGAGAAAUUAAAUAUACAGUGAUUAUGCUGAUUAACUGCAUGUCUGAAAAGGAACCAGAGUAUUAAAACUGUGCCUUAUUUUAUUGUUUGUGUUUAAAUGAAUCAUUUCCAUAUUAAAACGAGA